AUGGCGGCAACCACACCCUCGCCCCGUGAAGAGAACGUGUACAUGGCGAAGCUCGCGGAGCAAGCUGAGCGCUACGAGGAGAUGGUGGAGUUCGUCGAGAAGGUCUCGGCCUCCGCCGAGAAGGAGGAGCUCACCGUGGAGGAGCGCAACCUCCUCUCCGUCGCCUACAAGAACGUGAUCGGCGCUCGCCGGGCCUCCUGGCGCAUCAUCUCCUCCAUCGAGCAGAAGGAGGAGAGCCGCGGCAACGACGACCACGUCGCCAUGAUCCGCGACUACCGAUCCAAGAUCGAGACCGAGCUCUCCAACAUCUGCGAUGGCAUUCUCAAGCUGCUCGACUCGCGGCUCAUCCCUUCCGCCUUCGCCGGCGACUCCAAGGUCUUCUACCUCAAGAUGAAGGGCGAUUACCAUCGCUAUCUUGCUGAGUUCAAGACCGGCACCGAGCGCAAGGAGGCUGCUGAGAGCACUCUCUCCGCCUACAAAGCUGCUCAGGACAUUGCCAAUGCAGAACUGGCACCAACGCAUCCGAUCCGUCUGGGAUUGGCUCUCAACUUCUCUGUGUUCUACUAUGAGAUUCUGAACUCCCCUGAUCGCGCUUGCAAUCUCGCCAAACAGGCUUUUGAUGAGGCAAUCGCAGAGUUGGACACUCUCGGCGAGGAGUCAUACAAGGACAGCACUUUGAUAAUGCAACUUCUCCGUGACAACCUCACUCUGUGGACCUCUGACAUGCAGGAUGAUGGGGCGGAUGAGAUUAAAGAAGCAGCACCCAAGCCUGAGGAACCAAAGCAGUGA